AUCGUUCUUCACAUUUCUUCCCAACAAGUUCUUCUCCAACUUCUCUCUCUAAAAACUCUUCUCCCUUUUUAUAUACCUCACAAAACCCUAGAUUUUUCUUCCAUAUUUAAGAGAGAAAAAUUUAAUAAUGGAUAUGCAUAUGGAUAGAGCUAUAUGCAUAGUGUUUGUAGUGCUCCUUUCAUGUUCUGGUUUUGGUUCUGCUGGUGACAUAGUCCAUCAGGACAACGUUGCUCCUAGUAUACCUGGUUGUGACAACAACUUUGUGCUGGUAAAAGUCCCAACCUGGGUCAAUGGUGUGCCAAAAAGUGAGUUUGUUGGUGUUGGUGCUCGUUUUGGUCGUAGUUUGGAAUCAAAGGAAAAACAUGCCAACCAUACCACACUUGCUCUGGCAGAUCCUCCUGAUUGUUGUACUGCCCCCAACCCCAAGAAUAAGCUUGUAGGAGAGAUCAUUCUGGUGCACCGAGGCAAGUGCAGUUUCACAACCAAGGCAAAUGUUGCUGACGAUGCUGGGGCUUCUGCUAUCCUCAUAAUAAAUAAUCAGACAGAACUUUUCAAGAUGGUUUGUGAGGAUAAUGCUGAUGUAAAUAUAGCAAUACCAGCUGUCAUGCUCCCUCAAGAUGCUGGUGAAAUCUUGGAAGAUUUUUUGGAAAAAAACUCAAGUGUUUCUGUUGCACUCUACUCUCCAAAACGUCCACCAGUUGAUAUUGCAGAAGUGUUUUUAUGGGUUAUGGCUGUCGGUACCAUCUUGUGUGGUUCUUUUUGGUCGGCAUGGACUGCAAGAGAAGCAGCUAUUGAGCAGGACAAACUAUUAAAGGAUGCUUCGGAAGAAUAUCUGCAGACAGAAGGUGUGGGAGCAAGUGGUUUUGUUGAUAUCAACAUGAUGUCAGCAGUUCUCUUUGUUGUGAUUGCUUCAUGUUUCCUGGUCAUGCUUUACAAACUCAUGUCAGCUAGGUUUAUUGAGGUCCUGGUGGUUCUGUUUUGUAUUGGUGGAGUAGAGGGCCUGCAAACAUGCUUAGUGGCUUUGUUGUCCUGUUUCAGAUGGUUUCAACACGCUGGAGAGUCAUAUGUUAAAGUUCCCUUUUUUGGAGCUAUUUCGUACCUGACACUGGCUAUUUGUCCUUUCUGCAUAACAUUUGCUGUUCUUUGGGCAAGCUUUCGCCACAUCUCUUUUGCCUGGAUAGGUCAAGAUAUCCUUGGCAUUGCACUUAUAAUCACGGUUCUUCAGAUUGUUCGUGUGCCGAACCUCAAGGUGGGAACAGUUCUCCUUGGUUGUUCUUUCUUAUAUGAUAUCUUCUGGGUGUUUGUUUCUAAAUGGUGGUUCAAAGAAAGUGUGAUGAUAGUGGUAGCUCGAGGUGAUAAGACUGGUGAAGAUGGUAUACCAAUGCUUCUGAAAAUCCCUAGGAUGUUUGAUCCUUGGGGUGGCUACAGCGUUAUAGGAUUUGGUGACAUUAUCUUACCUGGGCUGCUUGUGGCAUUUUCGCUAAGAUAUGACUGGCUGACGAAGAAGAAUCUUCGAUCAGGAUACUUUGUGUGGGCAAUGACUGCUUAUGGUCUAGGUCUUCUUAUCACUUAUGUGGCCCUGAAUAUGAUGGAUGGACAUGGCCAGCCAGCGCUGCUUUACAUUGUACCUUUCACCCUUGGCACCUUUCUGACAUUGGGAAAGAAGAGAGGCGAUCUCCAAGUUCUAUGGACACGAGGAGAACCUGAGAGGAAUUGUCCUCACGUCCAACUCCAACCUGUACAAUGAAGAUGAUAAUAGUAAAUAGUAAACCACUAAAUAUAACACUUGAUUGUAACUGUGAGGCAGUUUUACAUGAUAGCAUAGGGGGUUGUGUACCUAAGUGUCUUGUAGGUUGUUGGAGACAUAAUAUUAUUUGCUAAUGCCCUGUUUCUAAAUAUUAAUUAUAUAAGCAGUAAAAGAAAAUGUGUCCGGGGAACUGGUUCACAGAGGGAGAACAACUGGACGUGGCAGUAAGAGCGGGAGACCCUUUUGGCGUUAGGCGUUAUCUAAUGUGAUGUAAUGGACCUGUAUGCAAAGAUGGGGAACCAAGCCCUUGCGAAGGGUCUGGUUCAUUGUUUCAAUGAUAAACCCCCACUACUUGU